UGUGCGUGCUCAUGUUGCUGCCGCGAUUUUGCACUCCGUACCUCUACAUCCUACGCUAUCGGGAGAUUUACAAGACACUUCAGAAUGUGUUGUGGAAGAACAGACAUCGCAGUCAGAUCCGCACGGCCUAGAGGACUCGCAAACACAUGCCAAGAGAUGGAAAAUCUGAUGGAGGGAAGGUCGCAGCGUGUGUUCCUAGCUGCCGAAGACCUAUUCCUGGCUCUGCUUUGCACGUUCAGCGAUUGGUACAACAGCUCGGGUCGAGCGGAGCUUCACAGACAUACCUUCAAAUUAUCAAACUCCUCUGAAAGCCCCGUGGAGAUGUUUGUGCACGAGUGGAAUGCAUUUCUGCCUACCUACCACACGAAGGUGAUUCAGAUAUGCCCCAUUUUGGCUCUCCUAGCCAUGCUGUUGACCACCCCGGUUCUUCUCGUACGUAUACUGUCCCGGAUUGACCUGCGGCAACAGACGCGUUACCUUCUCCUGGCUAAUGUUCUCCUCAGCGACCUGCUUUUUGUUUGCAUUAACAUCCUGAAUGCAUGCAUCAACUCUGCGGGUGUGUUGAUGACGGAGUGGCCCUGUGCUGUGGUUCUCUUCCUAUCGGGCGUCUUUUACAGCUCUGGGGUGCUGAGCAUUACAGCAAUGGUUCUGGACACCUGCUUCGCCGUGUUAGCUCCUCUUCACUACCUGGUGCUCUGGCCCGUGUCCCGGACCCACGGAGCGAUCACCGCCAUCUGGGUUGUCUCUGUCUUCUUCCCCGCAGCAUCUGUUGGGAUUUUUGUGUGGUACCAUAGUACGGGCCCUUGCGCCGUCCAUAUUUGCUCCCUGCCUUUAUUGAUGGUUUUAACAGUCAGCCACUUUCGUCCACUGCACGUCUCCAUGUUUCUGACAGUCGUUGGUAUCCUUGUCAUACUCAUCUUGAUAUUUUCAGGUUACAUCAUCCUGUACUGUUUUACCCGGAGUUCAGGCGUGUGGAAAGGCGAAGCGUCUUCCCGUGCCAGAGGGACGUUUCUUAUCCAUUAUCUCCACCUGUUUCUUUCGUUUUGUCCCAUUCUGGUUUUGGUGAUCGAGCUGAUGCUGUACAGCCAGCAGAGUGCGACUUUAGACCUUAGGACCAACCUGUGGGUAAGCCUGGUGGUGUGUAACGUCUUGCUAAUCCUGCCCAAAGGCUUGGCACCUUACCUGUACGGGCUCCGCUAUCGAGAACUGUGCGUUGUGCUGCUUCAGUUUUUUAGACUGAGGAGGCCAAGAGCCAUUACACCUAUUGUGUAAAGAUCACGCUGCGUUAUUGGCUAAGCUCAAAGUUAUCAGAUGCUAAUUUGAGGCUGUGAGAAAGACUUUGAAAUGUGUAUUGCUGUGCCUUUUCCUGCAGUUUCUUCAAGCAGUGCAUUAUGUUAGCUAGCUGUAAUCACGCUCAUCUGGGGGUUUUGCCUACAGAAAAGUAAAGCUAGUGAGAUUAUAAAGUUUAUGACGCAUGGAUUAAAUUCAGAGCUUUUACCAUUACUGUCAGAAUUAAUGUACCGUUAUUAAAAAUCUAAUUUUGUCUUUUUGUACUACUAAAACGACUGGUUUCAGCAUAUCAAUAAAAACUACUUUUAAAAUA